AUGGGCAACUUCACGCCUGGUGCGGCGGCGGCGGCUUUUGACACUGCAGGUAGAGCUGCCGCCUGCCGUGUUGUCAUGUCUGCGUCUCCCGUGCAGGGGCCCGCCGGACCGUUGCUUCUCUUCUGCUUACCGCCCGUCGCCGCUUUUACUCCCAGGGCCGGCAACUCUGUUUCCGAACACAUCAUGGCACUGAGAAACCUGAGAGAGAGAGAGAGAGAGAGAGAGAGAGGAGGGGAGGCAGAGAGAGAGAGAGAGAGAGAGAGAGAGAGAGAGGAGGGGAGGCAGAGAGAGAGAGAGAGAGAGAGAGAGAGAGAGAGAGAGAGAGGAGGGGAGGCAGAGAGAGAGAGGGAGAGAGAGAGAGAGAGAGGAGGGGAGGCAGAGAGAGAGAGAGAGGAGGGGAGGCAGAGAGAGAGAGAGAGAGAGAGAGAGAGAGAGGAGGGGAGGCAGAGAGAGAGAGAGGAGGGGAGAGAGAGAGAGAAGGGGAGGCAGAGAGAGAGAGAAGGGGAGGCAGAGAGAGAGAGAAGGGGAGGCAGAGAGAGAGAGAAGGGGAGGCAGAGAGAGAGAGAAGGGGAGGCAGAGAGAGAGAGAAGGGGAGGAAUCUGGACAAUAUACAUGAUGGAGAUAUACCUCAAAUACUUCGGAGGCCUUCUGAGGACGAAGAUGAAGGGUUAG